AUGGGAUUGAACCUUGAUAUCGUGGCUGCUGCUGUUGUUUUCUCAACCGCCGUUCCUUCGUUCCUACGAGUCUCCGUUCGUCAUGCUGUUGUUAUCGCUGCCGGGUUGCAUCGCCACCAAGCUCCGCCAUCGCUGGCUGCUGUCGGGACGGAAGAAACACGUUGGUUUCAGUCAAUGUUAUUGCUCUCUGUGAAGGAUCGCAUCUCCUCUACUCUCCGUUCUGUUGCUGCCGCUGCUGGACUGUUCCGAUGA